CGUGCGGUCAACUUUUUGUGAGCUGCUACGGUCCGGUCCCAAAAUGUCCCUUUUGACCUCAUUUUCAAACUGCUGAACUAGUUUUGCUUUUUUUGUAUUACUCUCAAGUCUUACCACUGUAAAGAGACAAGAACGAAGUGAGAAAAAUAACAACAGCAAUAUUAAGAGCUCCUAGAAUGCCACGGGAAAAGCCUGUAUCGGAGAAGCCGACUCCCGCAUCCAAAAACCCAGAGAUGACAACACAUGACCACGAAUACGCCAUGGAAGUUUCCUCGCUGUCUACUAAAAGGAAAACCCCGGUUACACCCACCAAACCCUCCGUUCCACCUAACAAGGUAGUCGUCUCUAACAAAAGUGAUGCCGAGUUGUCAGCAUUAACUGCCGCCAUCGAAAAACUGACGGCGAGAUUUGACGACUUUGACGGCAGACUUCGGGAAAACUCUGUGAUUCUGGCUAAUCUGACGAAGAUCACUGAGGUAAACGCUGCUGAUAUAAAGGACUGUAAAUCCAAAGUGCACAAUCUGGGAAAAGAAGUUUCUGUGCUGAGGAAAGAAAAUGAUGACUUAAGAGAGAGGGUGGUGGAGAUGGAGCGAUAUAAACGGCGCUGGAACCUGAAGUUACAAGGUUUGAAAGAAAAAACCGAGGAAAACACCCGCAAAGAAGUCCUGGAGAUCCUGGCAAAGAUCGCCCCACAGCACACAUCGGUGUUGGAAAUGGUUGUGGAUACAGUACAUCGGCUGGGGAGGAAAGAAACCGGGAGGCACCGCCAAAUCAUCAUCCAGUUCUCCAUGAGGCACUACCGCGACAUCUUCUGGAAGGUUUCUAAGGAUGCAAGGGUUUGUCAAGAGCUGGGAAUCUUCUUCAAGCAGGAUUUCUGCAAAGCUGACCGAGAAGCAAGAGCUGCUGUCUGGCCCAAAAUGGAGAAAGCGAGAGCUGCGGGACAGAACGUGUACUACCGGGGCCACAUCGGAAGAUCCUUAGCAACUGUAGCAAUAGGAAUUGCUUGUUUAGUUUUGGGUUCCGACCGGGGAGUUGAGAGUGUAACACCGGAAGUGAAGGCUGUGUACUUGUAA